UUUUAUAUUCUCUCAAAAAUGUCUCCACCCGCCAUCCAAGGCCAACCAAAAAUUCGGCAUGAUGAACAGACAAACUCCGUCUUCCUUGAAGUUUCUGUCCUCGGAGCUGAAGCAACUAAAACCAAAUGGUAUUUGGAAGAAAAAGAAAUAGCUUCAGGUACUGGUGCCUACAGAAUGAGCACUCAGGAACAAGAAGGAGGCAAAAAACUGAUUAUUUGCGAGAUUAAAAAUUAUGACAAAAGCAUGCAAGGAACUUAUAAAGCUGUAUUUUUCAGUCCUGAUGGCAAAGAAAAUUAUGCAACAUUUACAGUCAAAUCUGGAAAUGCUCCUGAAUUUUAUGAAAAGCCAAAAAUUACACAAAAAGAUGGUGGAAAAGUUAUUCAAAUAAAGAUUCGAGUCAAGUCACAUAUUGAAAUGAAAGCUGAAUGGUUCAAGGCAAGUUGUAUAUUUAUAAUUAGAGACCGCCAAAUGCUUCAUGAUGAAAGCCCACUCAAAACCGAUAACAGAAUUAAAUUAUCAACAGAAAAGGACAGUAGUGAACCAGAUGGGACAAUUUUGUUGUUGGAAAUAAAUGAUCCAACAAAAGAAGAUCAAGCAAAGUACAAAUGUGUUGUGAAAAAUGGUGAAGGACGUAAUGAACAAUCGUUGAAUUUAGUUUUUGAUUAA